AUGUCCGAAACUAAAUUUGAACAUCCCGUUAUGCGAACGGGCAUCGAUUCGCUCACGGCUUAUCAAUUACCUCCCUUCCCUUCGUUUGACUUACCUCCCCUUCCACCAAUCACCAAUCCUCAUCUCGAACAGAUCAUUGAUUCUUACGUUUCGACUGGGCUUCGACCUUUGCUAUUUGAUCAAGAUGUAUUCCUCAUGGACGGACAGGAUGAGAGGGAUUUUGAGGAAUUGCAACUGAUCGGAAACGCUCUUCUUGAGGCUAUAGCGACCACAUGGGGUCACGAUACAUUCCCUGCCUUCCGUCAAGGUGCAUCAAGUCAAUUGCAAAGUCACUUGAUUCGUAAAGCAACGUUAUGUCAAAUGGCCAUACGAUACAACCUCCAUACUAAAGUAAAUUACGAUCCGAAUAUUUCUAUAUGGACAGAAAUUGAUAUAGGGAGAGUUCGAUCGGCGGUGUUCGAAGCUUACAUCGGUGCAGUAUAUUAUUCAUUAUUGGGAAAAACUAUUACAAAUCACAAAGAUGAUGAUACGAAUCAAACAGAUUCAACAUCAAAAGGAGAAAAAGGGGAUAAAUCGUCAGUUGAUGUUGGCGAUAAUCAAAAGUUGGAACCUGAAAAGUCAAAGAAAGAAAUUCCACCUCCGAUAGAUUCUAUGAAUAUGACCCGAGGUCAAGCAUUCCAAUACCUCUAUUCAUGGCUCUCUCAAUUAUUCAAACCAAUGUCAAAAUUCAUUUUAGACGAAUUAAAAAAGGAAGAAAUCCGAUUGGAAUCUAAUCGACCUAAUCGUCGAAAAAUCGCUACUAAAUUCCCUGUACCGCCUGAGUGGGAACUGGAAGAUCGAAAGGCGAAAGGAGGUAAAACUACUUUACAUACUCAACCUCAAUUGAUCAAAGUCAAACCUACCUAUACUGCUACUGCUGUGGUUGGUCCUUGGAAUCUUCAACCUUGGAAGGUGGUCUGUACAGCUGCGGAUGUAAAUGGGAAAGAAUGGACAGCCGAAGCUACUAGGACCACUAAGAGGAAAGCUGAGAAUAUGGCUGCUUGGAAGAUCUGUGUGGAGAUGGGUUUGAUCAGUGAAGACGAGUGA